AGGAGGAGGAGGAGAGGAUGGUGGCGGCGGAGGCGCUGGUUGCUGAAGGAGGAGGCGAAGGAUGGAGUCCGUAGACUAUGUAGAAGAGCUUCCUGAAACAGAUGAGCCUGUCUGGAUCUUAGGAAGGCAGCACCAUCUUAAAACAGAAAAAUCUAAGCUUCUUUUGGAUAUAAGUGCUCGUCUUUGGUUUACCUACAGAAGAAAAUUUUCACCAAUUGGUGGCACUGGCCCUUCCUCAGAUGCUGGCUGGGGCUGUAUGCUGCGAUGCGGACAGAUGAUGUUGGCCCAGGCUCUGAUCUGUCGACACUUGGGGAGGGAUUGGCAUUGGGAAAAACACAAAAGGCAACCUGAAGAAUAUCACAAAAUCUUACACUGUUUUCUGGACAGAAAAGACUGCUGUUAUUCAAUCCAUCAAAUGGCACAGAUGGGUGUUGGUGAAGGGAAGUCUAUUGGGGAAUGGUUUGGACCAAAUACUGUUGCCCAAGUGCUCAAGAAACUUGCACUAUUUGAUGAAUGGAAUUCCUUAGCCGUUUAUGUGUCUAUGGACAACACAGUUGUGAUUGAAGAUAUCAAGAAGAUGUGCCGGUUUCCAUCCCAGAACUGUUCCAGUACCCACUGCAGCUCCCUGUCACACAGGAGUGUGCUUAGCCGAAAUAAGAGCCCUAUGGGGAUCUGCUGUGGUUGGAAGCCUCUGCUGUUGAUUGUACCUCUUCGCUUGGGGAUAAACCACAUCAAUCCGGUUUAUGUUGAUGCUUUUAAGGAGUGUUUUAAGAUGCCACAAUCUUUGGGAGCGUUAGGAGGAAAACCAAACAAUGCCUACUACUUUAUAGGAUUCUUAGGAAAUGAGUUGAUCUACUUGGACCCUCACACCACACAGAUUUUUGUAGAUUCUGAAGAAAACGGUGCUGUAGAUGACCAUAGCUUCCAUUGCCAGCAAGCACCACAUCGGAUGAAGAUAAUGAAUCUCGAUCCCUCUGUAGCUUUAGGAUUCUUUUGUAGAGAAGAAAAGGACUUUGAUAACUGGUGUAGCCUUGUGCAAAAGGAAAUACUUAAGCAACAGAGUCUGCGAAUGUUUGAGUUGGUUCAAAAGCAUCCACCGCACUGGCCCCCUUUCAUACCUCCUACAAAGCCAGAAGUAACCACAACUGGAGCAGAGCUCAUUGAGUCCACUGACAAACUAUUUGAAUCAGAAGAAGAAUUUGAGAUCCUGAGCGUGUGAAGGAAGCUUCAGUUGACCUUGUGUGUGCCCAUGUGUAGCAUAUGAAUUGACUAAGACCACGGCAGCCUUUUCUUGCCCCAAAGUGCCUGCGUAUAAACAGUGAACAGAGCACAAGAAAUGACCAGUAACUGGAACUGAGGAUAACAGUUUUGAAAAGAACUUCCCAGAAGUGAAAGUACCCCUCGCCCCAGCCCCCCAGCCCCAGUUUUUUAAAGAAUGUAUCUUGCCUGAGGAAAAUGAGCUUUUGGGGGAUGAAGGCAAUGAUGAUAUUGAAGUAAAGAUUUCUAUAUUGCUGGGAAUUGCCUUGAAGGCAUUGAUAUAUGGACGGCUCUUAUUACUCAGUGUAGUAUAAUGCAAUAGUUCUGUUCACACUGAAAGCAUGAUGUAGAGGUAAAGGUGUGUGUUUACCUCUUCUUUCUUCACCUGGACUGUUUCAUAGGAAUAAAUGUGUUGUUUUUAUAAGAUCAACUGCAUCAGGAAAAAAAAGACCCAAUGGUUUUGUUUAAAUACAUUUCUGCAACCACACUUCAAAAAUAAACAGACCUAAAUGUUUCUAUGAAAGGAACUAUCUAAUAGAUACAAAUUUUGCAAUUGUCCUCCUGUUUCUAGGAGUUAAAUAAAUGAAUGGGGGACCUGGAGGGCAACCCUCCAGCCUCCUAGCCUCUCCCCUCUUGCACUCCUGGAAAGGAAGUGAAGGUUGGAGAGUGCCAGGAGCCGCCUGUUCCCUUGGUAUGUUCCUCCUCCUCUGUAAUUUUCAUGACAUAUUUCACCUUGACCUUAAGUUUAAAUCAUUAUGGAAACUUUCUAUGGUUUUUGAGUAAAAAAAGGUAAUUUGUUUCAAACUGCAAUUGUAUUUAUUUUAAAAUAUUUACAGUUUUCUCUCCUCUGUAAGAGCACUUUACAUGUGCAUCUAAUAAAUUUCUUAAACAUUUAAUAAAUUACAUGCUAGA